AUGGAGAAACUCAAGUUCGGACGGCGCCGACAAAACAACUGUGAUGUGGAAGACGACGAGUUGAUGGGAAAACAAGACGAUAAUGGGUCUGACAGGUCAAAGGGUUCGAAAUUUUCGAGGUUGAUGCGCAGAUCCGGUCUGAAGAAGAAAACGCAACGUGCUAAACGGAAAGAAGCUCAGAAGAAAGCAAAACGGGAAUCAAACGAUGAGGAUGUGGACUCCGAAAAUGAGACGAGCGACUCCUCCAACGCCAGCAACACUACAAAAGAAGGUCAAUCAACCGAGACUGAAGGGGAAACUAGUGGCAAAGAGUCUGAAGACACAGAAAAUGACGACACAGAGCUUGAGGGGCGCCUGGUCGGCCGAAAGUUUGAACACACGGAUGUGAAACAAAACGUUUUUAUGACCGUUAGAGUCAUCGAAUCACGAAAUCUUCGGGACAGCGGCAAUCUACGUGUUCGGGUGGGACUUGAUGGGCGAACAAAGCCUACACGUGUCACAACCGAACUUCACCCAAAAUGGCAACAAAAUCUCAACUUUGCCAUUGAAGAGUCACUUGAAAAAGCCGCGAACAAAAUGUUUUCUAUUCAAGCUUACGCCGUUCGUCGAGUGCUCAACGACAAACUUCUUGGCCAAUUUGAAUGUCCACUCGCAAUGAUAAUGCAUCAGCCGGGCGGUGUUGUACUCAACAAAUGGAUUUCACUUGCUCCACCGCCAAAAGAUGGAAGGCGAGCAGAAAGAGAUGAAGAUAUUGGAUUCAUAAAGGCCUCAAUUGCCGUGUACGGAGCUCGAGAUACGCCGCCAAUCUUUGAAGAUGAUGACGAAAGUGAGGAAAUUUUCAAUGCUCGUCAUUUCACUGGACAUACUCUAAGAAUUCGACUUCAUCGGCUGCUUCAAUUGAUUUCUGAAGUGCGUCAUGAGAUUAUUUCAAAAGGCAAGAAACCGAAAACAGCUUCAUUCUGCAUCAAGGCGUUUUCUGGCGAUUGCACUGAAGUGACAUCGUUGAAGUUGUUGAAAGGGUCAGCAGUCAGUUUUGAUCAAGAACUCUUGUUACCUUUUCUAUGGCCAACUGUGAUUAACAAGUUCCACUUUCAACUCAUUAUGCAUCGUGGUAAGAAAAAUCGAAUUAUUGCACAGCCGGUAAUUUACAUGCAGAACGGGUUAUAUUCCCUAUUUCGCUCGUUUUGCUGGGGCGACUCCGCGGCUGAAAGACUCGCGGCCGGAGCUGAUGACAAGACGACAGGUGAAAAUGUUUUCUCCUAUGAUGCUCAGCAAUAUGGUUUUCCGAAAGACCAUGGAACGGACGGAGUCACGGUAGCUUUCAACGAAUCCUUCUCGCCUAAUACGAUCGUGUGUUACGUUGAUGCAAGCUAUAAUCCUAAAAGUGUGAACGGCAUCGAUACAGCUGCAUGUGCGGGGUUUUUCGGCGAAGAACACCCGUUAAACUUUUCAAUUCUUCUGAACGUUGAAACCAAAAAGAAGCUCAGCAACAUGGAUAAGGACGCCCGUGCAACCUAUUUGGAAAUCUUAGCAACAAAGACGGCUCUUGAGAGACUAUUCAAUUGGAAAUACAGACCCGAAGAAGUGAUCAUUAGGUCUGAUAGCCUGAAUAUGAUCCGAGGAUUGAACUUGAAAUUGAAAGGAGCACGUUUUGGGCAAAUUCGCGAAGAAAUUCUCCUACUCAUGGAUGUUGCAUCAAAGUUUCAAAGGCCAAUACUCUUCCAACACGUGUACGGUCACAAUGGCGAUCCGGGCAACGAGACAGCCGAUGCAAUGGCGCGCUUUACAAUGAAACAUGGUGUAGAAUUGGAAGGAACGAUGAUGGAACGCGACGAUGAGCGUACGAAG